AUAACAAAUGUACUUCGUAGGUACUCGAGGAAAUCAUCAAUAUGUUGCCCACGGUACCAAGAGUCAAGCGCAUAGUUCUUGAUUUUGAGAAGUCUGCCUGGAAAGCCCUUUCCAGGGUUUUACCAACAGUCAAGCUAUCCGGUUGUUCCUUUCAUUGGAGCAAAGCUGUUUGGAGAAAGAUCCAGUAUUUAGGACUCCAGGCAGCAUACCAUGAGGACAGAGCAGCCCAGACGUUCCUGAGAAAGGUUAUGGCUUUGCCAUACAUCCCGGCGGACGACAUUGAGGAGAUGUUCAACCGGCUUCACGAACAGGCAAACCAGAACAAUUCCCUGUUAAACCUGCUCCAGUAUGUCAGUAAAACCUGGAUCUACGCAAAUAGAUGGAAUCCCACCACUUGGUCUGUUUACAGAAGGAAUAUUCGCACUAACAACGACAUUGAGGGAUGGCACAACAGAAUUAACCAACAAGCCUCAAACAGACAUCAGCUCCCAUUCUACGAGCUUGUAAAACUACUACACAAGAAAGCCAAGACCGUAGAUCUUCAAGUCGAACUUGUUAGCCAGAGAAAAUUGACCAGAAUUCAACGGAAACAAUAUUUAGAACUUCAAUCGCAUAUUAUUAGGCUCUGGGAUCGAUUUGACAAUGACGAAAUCGAUGUAUAUAGAUUACUUACUGAAUGUUCAACUUUAGCCGUACCUUCCGUGUGUACAAGUGACUGA